UCAAAACGAGUCGUUUUUACGCCGCCUGCUAAUGUCAGCGUAAUUAAUAUUCAUAAAGAAUUAUUUAAAGAUGAAUUUGGCCAUUAUGUAUUGGUGCAGAUGACACGAAAUAUUGUAUGGCAGUUCUCGUUCAUCACUAUUGGUGUAUACCCGUGGGACCCGUGGUCAGUUUUGAUUGAAUAAAGAAUAGCGUCACACGUCCCAAAGUCAAUCAAGUUUAGUGGCUCGGUCGCUUUCAUACAACUUUUUAUAAAAAAAAUUGUUAACGGUCCAUUUAAAAUGUACAAUAUAAGCUUUAUGCCUUUUAUUAGUACGUAGUGAUUGUAUAGAAAUGUAUAACGGGGUUCUGCAAUGAAUUAAUAUUUAGAUUCCUUUGCGUACUUCGUUAUUUUAUUUUUUGUGAUAUCGAAUUAUUUCUUUAAGGUUGACAGAAAGUUGUGUUGGUUUCCUGUGAGAUUUUAAUGUAGUGUUGUGAUUAAGUUCCAAAAAUGUGUAUUAUAGUAAAAGUGUUAGUGUUUUUUACUUUAUUCGUAAGCCCAAUAGUUAUGUUUCGGACGCCCUACGACCAGCAGGAAUAUUGCGGGGAAUUGUUCAGCCAAUACGAUCCGCACCUGCUCGAUACAUUCAAGUUAGAGAUGUCUCAAGGUAUCGAGAGGUUCUUCCUGCUGUCCUACUGCCUGGCGUGUUGCUGGCCAGGACUGGGCGCUAAGAGCGAGCUGCGCGUCGUCAGGCAAUGGGCUGUCCUAGACUUCAACUUCCCGAGCGAGGAGGCAAGAACCGAGGCCUUAGAGAAACAGUACUUCGUCCCGGGGAACUCCGUGCCUAUUGAUGUCGAUGUGCAUCAUAGACAAGGUGCACUUCCAUCACGCAUCUUCGUGACAAUCCCGCGAUUCGACAUAGGUCGCCCCAUGACACUGGGUACAGUCGACGAGAAUGGGAAGCUCACCGCCUAUCCCGACUACAGUUGGCAUGAGAACCAGGGCUCCAACUGCCAGGGUAUGACGUCAGUCUUCAGAAUUGCUAUCGACCAAUGCCAGCGUCUGUGGGUGAUGGAUGUCGGCAAGAUCGGAGACAACCAGGUGUGCCCCCCUCAGCUGCUCGCCUUCGACCUCGCCACCGAUCAGCUAAUCUAUCGCCACGUCGUCAACUCAUCCGCGUACACCGGCGGGUCUCUAUUCAUCACACCGAUAGUAGACGUUCGUCCGCGCGGCCCCGGUGACUGCGCCGACACGUUUGUGUACGCUGCUGACGUCUCCGGCUUCGGUCUGCUGAUAGUGGACAUCAAGAGAAAUCUGUCAUGGCGCGCUGUCCACAGAUACUUCUACCCUUACCCUUCAAGAGGCACCUUUACUAUUGAUGGUGAAUCCUUUGAUCUUAUGGACGGUUUAUUUGGCAUGGCUUUGUCGCCGUACCAGCAGGGCCGUGACCGUUACCUCUACUUCCACGCCUUAGCUGCCACCACCGAGAACAUCCUCAAUACCAAAGUGAUCAGGAAUGACUCCCUCCUCCAAGAUCCCAACAUUGACCCAGAUGCAGUCUACGCAUUCCCCCACGAACGUCCUUCACAGUCAGCGGCCGAAGCUAUGGACCAAAGCGGUAUCCUUUACUUCGGCAUGAUGGACCCGCCAAGCAUUUGGUGUUGGAACACAGCCACUCAGUUCCAUGUCAAGAACUUCCAUGCAGUGGCCAUUAACCAGGAAACAUUACAAUUCGCAAGUGGACUCAAGAUCGUAAGGAACUCUAAGGGAGAAGAAGAAUUAUGGGUACUAACGUCAAGUUUCCAGAGAGUAAUGACGGGGUCGAUGUCACCCGAUAGGAUAAACUUCAGGAUUCACGCUGAGAAAGUGCCAACUAUUUUGGAGAACACGCCCUGUAGGGCUGCCCCAAAGGGGGAGGGGCCUGGUCACCACGCGGACAUAGUCGCGUCCCGUGCGGGGCACAUGCGGAGACCGUACAGGUAUGGCUCCGCAUGGUAUCUCUAGAGAUAAGUGCCAUGGCUGAACGAUUGCUCAGGAGAUUCUUGAAGGAAAAAGUGUAGAAAUGCGGAGAUAUGUUUAAAUCGUUGUAAGUUGUUCAAAUCUCGUAAUUAUUCUUACUUAAAUACCGGUAUUAAAUGACUGAAGUCUAAGCAUAUAACUUGUUAUUAAUUACGCUUAAAUAAACGAGCAAACGCUUUUACAAAAUAUUAGCUUAUAGACCAAAGUGAGACUGUAUAACCAGUGAUGCCUUAUAUUAGAGUUUUCCGAUCAGUUGCUACCGUGUCACAAAAAAAUGAAAACCGUUUCUGGUAUCACCGAAAACGUUAAAAAAGUCUCGUUUAUACUGGUAUGUCCAAACUACAAAUAGGUAUUGUAUACAACAUUAAAAAUAAAUAAUUUAAAUUUAAAACA